AUGGACACCAUGAUAGAGCAGUCCCACGGGUCAUCUUCAUCGAGCAGUGGCGAUGACCUUCCCGAUGAGUCGACUCCCCUCGUUGCUCACGAGAAUCCGCAGCCUCCGAAGGCGAAGUCGGACCCCCAGCCAGAGCGGCAGCUCGUGGAGUCCACCGGCCUCGGCUCCUUCCAGCCCGCGGUGAGCUUCCUCAAGGGAGGGGAAGAGGACGCGAAGCCGAUCAAGUACUCGGACGACGUGGGGACCUUCAGGGCGCUCACGCACUUCACGGGCACCGUGCUGGAGAGUGGCGCGCUGUGGAGGACCUGUGCGGUGUAUUGGGCCAUCGCCGUCGUCUCUGGCGUUGUCGCCUCUGUCAGUCAGGCCCAGAUCGCCAGGGUCGGUAAGGUGGUCCCCGACUUCUCCCAGGGCUUCGAGACCAUGGCCAACUACUUCACUGGACUCCUCGGCAUCAUGACGAGCAUGUUUGUCGUCACGCUUUUCGGGCGCUGGUGGAAGAUCAGGGCGGAAGGCAUCGGCGGUCUCUGGGGCGCCAUCGACGACCUGAUAAUGAUCCUCUCCAUUCACAGAAACGAGGUCAGGCCUUACAAGGAGCGCAUCCUGCGCCUGGGCCUGCUUUCCCACCGGCUUGUUUACGCGCAGGCCCAGGGACUGGAGUCGAGGGAGCACCUCGAGAAACUCGUGCAGGUGGGGCUGGUCACGACGGAGGAGCUGGACGUCCUAGACCAGGAUCUCCAAUAUUCUUAG